GAGGCUUUUAAGUGCAUAUGUGAGUACAGUUUACGCGUUCGUUGCCAACGAGCAAAGGUUCAACAAACGGCCAAGAGCCGCAGUGAUAAUAUUAAAGGACUCUCUCGUGAAUCAAAGUGAAUUGUAAAGUAACUGCAGCAGAGAUUCAAGAUUUGGGAGCGAGUUUUGUGUACACGUUUGAUGCGAGUGCAACCUGUGGAAUCGCGCCUCGGAAGUUUAUAGAAUACUCGAUAUAGCCGUGUCAGUGCGCAGAGCACGCGCUCGCAGCCGCACGCAGUUUGGCACUUGUCGCGAUUGCGUGGGAAAUUCGCAAGAGCCGCGCGGCGUGCCCCCCGUUAUAAUCUCUCGCAGUGCCAAAUAAUAGUGCCCGUGCAGUUUCAGUGCUUAUCGCAGAUACAGUGCGGUGUUUUUCGCCGAUCAUCGCCAAACCGUUCCGACUUUGAGCCGAAGAGCCGUGCAGCACCAAGGGUCGACCGAAGAAAUCAAAGAUCAGUUCGUAAAUCAGAUUCGUUCGAAAAUCUUGAUGGACGAAGGAGGACGGGUUCGACUCGUAUGAAUGGAAAAAGGUGCAAAAAGGCUAAAAGAUGCCUCAACAACUGGAACAUCAAUUUCAACAUCAAAGUCGACGACCGAAAAAACGAGUUAACUACGGCUCUCGCAGCAUUGAGCUCGCCAGGGGCAGCAGUGGCUAUGGUUUCACCAUAUCUGGUCAGCAGCCUUGUAUCCUCAGCUGCAUCGUACCCGAUAGCCCGGCCGAUUUGGCUGGUCUACGUUCCGGUGACUACCUGAUCGCCGUAAAUGGACGCGGGGUGCGUCGAGCAGCCCACGAUGACGUCGUCAAGCUCAUUGCUCGAUCUAAUGGAAUUUUGAAAUUACAAAUUGCCGAUAAUUACUACAGCGAUAGCAGCGAAGACGAAGAAUCUAUUGCCAAGAUUCGUGCCAAGCCUAGAUACAGAUCUAAAUCAAACCAUGCCACAAGUAGUUCAGAUUUUACGGUGCCAUCGCUCCCUCAAUGUCGAGUUGCGAAAGUUGUCCGAGAUUUGCAAAGUGGAGCAAUGUUUGGAUCAACUUAUCCAAACAAUACAAAACCAUCCAGUAGCUGUUCAAACUUACCCCAUAGAUGGAGUAUGUCUAGUCAAUUGCCGUUGCCACCGCCUCCUGCUGUAAGGAGGCAUGAUUCCGAAAAAAUCGUACACAGAGCUGUUCUAGGCUACUUGGGCUCUCUUGAAAUACCCUCUCACUUACAAUCUGUUUCCAUGGUAUCGCUCGUAAAAAAGUGCAUCAAGCGAGUCAAAGCUGAACAGCGUAAUCCAUCGACAGUCUUACUCACUAUUCACGUAGCUAAUAUAAAAUUGUCCAAUUUGGAAGGUCGCGUAAUUGCCGAAUAUCCAUCCAGUAGAGUCAUCUAUUGCAACUAUUACUCAAACGAAGAUAGGUUGCACUGUGGUAUACUCACCAAAACUGGAGCCUCCAAUAGUAAUGUCGACUCUUCGUCGGAUACAAAUUCGUGUCAUGUUUUUCGAGUUCUUUCAAAUUUAACUCCGCAUAAAACUCACUUGAGCACCAGUGCUGUGUUUGAUUUUAUGUGUACCAAAGCUAAUGAACGAAAUGAUGCCUGCCAAGAAUUCCCAUCUAGCUGUGAUGGUAUUAUUGGAGCCAUACAAACUUUGUAUGCUGGUGAUGCGAAUGAGCCAGAAGCUUGUAAUUUAUUCGAUAAUCGGCGUAGUCAACCGUCACCUCAACCUAGUAACUUGAGUUCAUCAACAAUACAUUCGAGCAAUAGCGAUUCAGGAAUCGGAUUUAAAGAUGAAUGUGGGAGCCACGAAGAAAAAAGCAUUGUAGUUUCUUCGUUGGAGAGAAAGAUCAAAGAUCCAAAUGUAUCAAAGUUGACGGUUCGCACUUUGUCAAAUCCAAGAUGGAGUGAUUUUACUAGACCGGAGACUCCGAGUAGCGAUGAGCACGAUGAGCACGAUGAUCGUCGUCAUAAUCAUCAUAAUCGACGUCGCCGUUCACACUUGGAAGGCCCUUCACCGUCAUCUCGAAAUAGACGUACAAGUCGUCGACACCAACAUCAGCAUCAUCACACUCGCUACAGUAGCGGUGGAGAGGGGAGCAUUGUCAGCUGCCCAGCUGUACCAUCUGGGCCUCGCUCGCAGCGCCAAAAGCAGCUUGCCGCUGCUAAUGUUGCCGGCUUAGUGCGUUCGCCUCGCUACACUUCGACAUUGUCCGUUGGGACGCUGCGUACUCACGAUUAUCCAAAUUCAUCCUCGUCCAAGGCGCGAAAUCAUCAUUCAGCUAAUCAAUGGAAUUCGUCGUCGCAAGUAGAUAUUCUCGAUCGUCUUAGCCCGAAGGUUUAUACCAACGGCAUGAAGAUUCAAGGAUACAGUAUGGAAAAUUUAAAAACGAGUCCUAGCUCAAAGUCUCAAUUGGAAUUUUCUUCAUUCCCACGAAAUAACGAUGUUGCGGCUGCAAACGUAAAAUCUCCAAGGCCAUGGGGUAGUAUGCAGGAAAUUCGACAGGUUAAUGACAGCGAGCCUGACAUCGGCACAUUAAGCACGCACGGGAGUACCGAGUCGUGUAAUAAGCCUACAGAACGAGGAGUUCACACAUGGUCAACUAGCUUCGAAAAAUUAUUGGAAGAUCCAAUGGGAUUGAAAACGUUCGCUAAAUUUCUGAAAAAAGAGAUUAGUCACGAAAACAUAUAUUUUUGGGCAGCUUGUCAACGUUAUUCGAGUACAAGCGACGUAGCUGCUCGCAAAAAGUUAGCUCAACAAAUUUAUCAACGACAUUUGGCAAAUAACGGACCUGAACCUGUCAACAUUGAUAGUACUGUAGCUAGUAGAAUAACUCCAGAAUCAAUUCACAUAGCUUCUAAUGAUUUAUUUGCUCAGGCGCAAAAACAGAUUUUCAAUUUAAUGAAAUUUGACAGUUAUCCACGUUUUCUGCGUUCGGACGAAUAUCGUAAAUGUUUAGAAUCUGGCUGUGAUGACGAAGACAAUCCCGUCGAAGACAAUGAUCUUCUUUUAUCAAGUUCUUCCAGUACAAAAUUAAAGAAAAGCGUGUCUGACGCUGAAGAUCGGUGCAGAAAGUCUAUUCUUCCUUGGAACAGAAAAAAUAGGUCCAAGUCAAAGGAUCGCGGUGAAUCCGAAUACAACAAAACACCAAAUAGAGGAGAGAAAAUUUACAAAAGUUUUUCUACCAUACAAAGAGAAAAUGAUGGUAAUAUUGAAGAAGAUGGUGCUUCUAUUUCAAGUAGUCGGUCAUCCUUAGCAUCGUGGGAUCUUGCACUACGUCAAUCGUUCACAAAACACUCGGCCUCGUCCUAUGAAGGACAGUCGAACGAGAUUCAAGAAAACGUCGUAGCUAAUUGCGCUGGACUAUGUCGAGUCAUCUUGCCGGACGGCUCGACCACGGUUAUUACAACCAAUCAUUCGGAUAGCGUCAAAGACGUCCUGACACGUCUGCUCGAGAAACGCGCUCUACGAUACUCAAAUUACGACGUCUUUAUGCUUGCUACAAAUGAGAUCGUUAAUCUUAAGUACCCAAGCUCAGUAUUAUCCAGUCAAGAAGUAGAAGUAGUGCCAACGAAAACUAUUAAGAUUGAUUUGCCGUCUCGUCGAGUUAUCAGUGUAGUCGCCCACAAAGGCAAAACUUUAAAAGACGUUCUAAAACCACUUUUAAACAAAUAUGGUCUUAAACUUGACCUCAUAACGAUCUGGGCUGAUGGGCAUCCCAUAACGCUAGAUAUUCAAGCUAGAGAUGCACCGGCAAGGCUCACUUUAACUUCAAAUAAUAAUAAAGAUACAAUCGAUGAUGCUUUUUUAUUUAAAACUCCGGAAGUGCCAAAGGGUCAAUCUUCUUUAGAUGAAAUUACCAAUAAAGUAUUUGAAGAGCUGCGAGUAGGAAAAGUUAAUAAAAAGUCGGACACUGAUAAUGGUUCGUGCAAGUCAGAUGAUCAGAAAUCUGAGGGUUCUUCAAUUCGUUCUGGCAAAUUCUUCUCAAGAGAUUCGACUCUUUAUAUAAGAAAAAAGGCGAAAUCGAAAAGUAGUAACUUGAGCGAAAAAAGUGGUUCAGAAUGCGGAAAUGAUGACGGAAAUAAAACACAAACCCCAUUGAUAGCGAAGUGGAGAAAUGGUGUUAAACUUCAAUUACCUAGUCGAUUUGAUGGAGAUGGUAAAAAUUUGUAUGAAGACUUAAAACGAGCUCAACGACUGAGACUAGAAGAUCAGAGGGGAACAGAAAUUAAUUUUGAACUCCCAGAUUUUUUAAAAAAUAAAGAAAAUGAGAAGACCCCCGACAGCAAGAAAAGCCGUAAAACGAAUACAACGUUAAAGAGUAGUGAACACAGUAAAUUUUAUGAAGCUGAGGAGGAAAGACCAUUUUUAGAAAGUAGUUUCAAUGAUUCUGCUUCUCUAGAUGGCACAAUUAUUGAAGCUAAUAGAACUGUUGUUGAAAAUGGAAAAUCAAGUAUCCUAAAUAAUUCUCACGAGGAUGCAUCUCAAAUUUCGCCGUCAAAAUUGUCGAAACCUCCACCACUUCCCCCGAAACCAAAGAGUUUAGCAAAUUCUGUCCGAAGUAAUGUUCUACCGUCGAGACCGUUUCAACGAGUUGCAAAUUUUGACAAGAAGCCGAUUUGAAAUCGUGUAGCUUAAAUAUGUUCUAAUAGCCCUAAUAGCGGACCAAUUAAAGAUUAUAUAUAAUUUAUAAUCGACUAACUACUGUGUAACAUUUUCAUUGCAUAUAGCAAUUAGAGAAGUAGCACUUUGUAUUGUAUAUAAAAGUGAUAUAUAUAUAAUUAUAAAAUCGAAAAUAUUUCUAUAGAGAUUUACGCGAAAAGACUAAAAAUGUAUAGCACUAAUGAAAAUAAUUGUUACUUUAUAUUUUUCGAGAAAAUUAUAAAAUAAAUAUAACUCAAUCGAGUAGUAAGU